UUGUGCUCGGAUGGGCUGCCGCCGGUGAGACGCGAUGGAGCCGGGCGCCAUGAGCGAGGCGGGCGGCAAGGCUGCGGGGAUGGAGACAAGGAAGCUCAUCACCGCGACUGACAACCAAUAUUCUGGCAUGCUUUUGAAAGCACUGGACGAGCAGCGAGGCCUCGGGCUUUUCUGCGACGUCACUGUGAUUGUGGAGGACCGCAAGUUUCGAGCCCACAGGAACAUCCUUUCGGCUUCCAGCACUUACUUUCACCAACUCUUUGCCGUGGCGGGACAAGUUGUGGAGCUCAACUUCAUCCGGGGGGAGGUUUUUGCGGAAAUCCUCAACUACAUCUACAGCUCCAAAAUUAUUCGGGUGCGAUCGGAUUUGCUGGACGAACUGAUUAAAUCGGGUGAGUUGCUUGGGGUCAAAUUCCUCGCCGAACUGGGCGUUCCUCUACAACAGGUGAAGAACAUGUCGUCGGAGGCCAAUCCCAGCUCUUCGGAGGUGCCCAUCCUGGAGGCAAAUGGGCCCAAAGCCCAGAAGCCCCCAGCACUACUUGAGACCCAAUCCAUCAAAUUCGGGAAACCUAUCAUUACAGAAUCCUUUUCUCUAUACCGGGAGCCGUGCGAAUCCGCCAAGAUCACCAUUAGUGAUUCGGAGGAUGAGGAUGUCGACGACGAUGUCAUUUUCUGCUCUGAGCUGGUACCGUCUAAGGAGCGUUCGGUGGAGACUAAAGUCAUAACCCAGAUCCCGCCUUGCCCAAAUCCCACUGGGUCUUCUGAGGUGGCCAGCUCUACCAACAAUCAUUCUCUUCCUCAAUCGGUGGCACCUCCACGGCUUGACUCCUCGACUGUUCUUCUGAAUCCGGCCGAAAACCAAAAGCCUCUUGAUGUUCUUCCUCUCCCAGCUCCAAAGACCAUGACUCCAAAUGUUGUCGUGCUCAAUGCAUCGCAGGUUGGCGUUGCUCCGGGGGUCAGUUCCUCCCAUGAAAUAGAGGUGUUGCCAAUUCCCGAAGAGAACCAGCAGCCGUCCACCAACGAUUCCUUAACUGACAUGGAAACCAACGUCAUCGAUGAAGAAGAGGAAGAAGAAGAUGUGGAAGACGAUGACGACAUCCUGGGUUUAUCCAGUCCCGGUUCGGCAAGCAGCAGUUCUCUGGUCCAGCAGCCCACAACUCCCAAGCCUGCUGUUGCGGCGGACAGCACAGCCGUCCAGAAGAAGCAAGUGGUGAGCUUCCCGCCAGAGCCCGUCUCCCAACCCAAUGAGUUCAAGAUCCUGAUCUCUGACGUUCUUUCCGGAGGCCUCAAGGACACGCCCCCAAACGUCGCGCCGAAGCACAUCACUGAAGGGCAGAAAACUAUCACAUUAGACAAAGCAACGGAGAUUGAAAGCUUGUCCACCGGCUGCAAAGUUUACGCGAACAUCGGUGAGGACACCUAUGAUAUCGUCAUCCCGGUGAAAGACGAGGCCGACGGGGAAGUCCACCUGGACAACAUGCCGCGCACCUCGGGCAACGACCCCAACCGCAAGCGCUUGAAAGUCAAGCAUGACGAUCACUACGAGCUGAUUAUGGACGGGAAAGUCUACUACAUCUGCAUUGUGUGUCGGAGGUCCUACGUCUGCCUGACGAGCUUGCGGAGACACUUCAAUGUACAUUCCUGGGAGAAGAAAUACCCCUGUCGUUACUGCGAGAAGGUUUUCCCUCUGGCGGAGUACCGCACCAAACACGAAAUCCAUCACACCGGCGAGCGGCGGUACCAGUGCUUGGCUUGCGGCCAAUGUUUUAUCAAUUACCAGGUGAUGGCCACUCACCUUCGAUCGGUUCACAGCCAGGAUCCUUCAGGGGAAUCCAAGCUGUACCGCUUGCAUCCGUGUCGGUCGUUGCAGAUCAGAAAUUACGCAUACAUUUCAGGGAAUUCCAACAAUAUCCCGGUCACCAAUGACAAUACCCUGGUUUAUUCUGGCACUCCUUCAAAAGAAACCCCUCAGGAACCGGUCCCGAACCAACCUGCGAAGCCAAUGACUUGGGACGACAUCUUCGUCCCGCAAGCAAACGAAUCCCUUUUUAAACAAAAUCCUUCGGACGGCACCUCCGAAUUUGAGUUCGUGAUACCGGAAUCUUACUGAAGGUUGUUGCUGAAAUUGGGAGGGGGGGGGGAGGGGGAAUGGUUUGUUUCGUUAUCAAAAAGGGGAGGAAAUUUUUUGUGGUUGUUGGAUGGUUUAAAGGAAAAAAAACAAAACAAAAACCAGAGUUUUCUCAACGGGCCGCUUGGCAGCAUCUAGAGAGCAUCUCCUAUUAACGGAACACGUCCACGUGCUUCUUCUUCGACCUUUUAGCCUAUGGUAGUGUGUUAAAAUUAGAUAAUGUGUAACUUUUGAACUUGUGAACAAAAAAAUAUCGGUCAGGAAAUAAAACGAUACUUGAAUACAGGUUACAAGGCGCUUAGGAAGUUAGGCGUUUCAGCGUUUAUUCAUACGGAUCAAAAUCUAAAGUUACCGUUUCCCCCGUUAGGUGUAGAAUAGCAGGAAUAUAUAUCUCUUCCUUGAACCACUUCUUAUGUUCAUGUUAGCACUUUAAUGCUGAAAGGGGUUCCAUUGUGACUACAAAACAGACACACAGCUAGAUUUUCUUGCUGAUGGGAAGCAGGAAAUGUCGUCCCCCACCCCUCCCCCCUUUUAAAACAGAAAUCAGUGUGUUCCUGCAACUGAACAUUAUAAGGGUCCAAAUCGCGCUUGCUCUCACGAAACCAAGUUUUAACGGCGAAAGAGGCAUAAGCCAUUUCUUGUUGGCUUUUUGAAAUAAGCAAUUGUACAUUGUUGGUAAAAAAAGAGAAAGAAGACGCUUUCUCCACGGAAAACAUUUAACACCCAUUUCUUAUUAUCCCCAGGGAUUAAGAUAACUCAGUGGCUGGACCAUUGUAUUUCACCAUUUUUUAUUUUGGACUCAGUAGGGUAGAUGGAAAACAUUACAAGAUCAGGAUCUUUUUCUACAGGAGAAGCAGGUUGGCCUUUUGGAAUGAACCUUACUUCCCCCUCCCCCCCCCUGUCUUAUUCCCUGGGAGGAAAAAAUAUAUAUAUUUAGAAAUCUAAUUGUGUAGAUUUCGGCCCGGAACAGUUCAGAAGCUUCCUACCAAAGCAGCCUUGCAAAUGAUGAGGUGUGUUUUUUGUUGUUGUUGUUGUUGCUCUGUAACUGAGUGGGUAGUUUUUUAUUUUUUAAAAGAGAGAGAUUGGUUAGUUCGUUUUUUUACAGCAGCCAUAUGGAGAAGGGGUUGGCUAUUUUUUGGAGUGGGGGGCUAGUCGCGAGUUUCUUUUUUGUGGGCAUGCUUUCCUUUCGUUGCAAAUUGGGAAUAUACUUUUCCAGUGCUCGGCGAUAAGCAAGGUCUCGAUUUGAGCAAAUAACAGAAGUGGUCAAGAGUUUGUUGUUGUUUUUUUCUUGUGUCUCAAACAACCUCUUGCCUUCUUUUUUUUUUGUAAAUUAUAAUAUUUGGAGUGGGUGUUAUAGAAGGUUGAAAAGGACUGUGAUGAAUAAAAUUAGUUAGCAAUUGGUGGUUUGUCAUGGAAAAAUCUCCUGUCCUCAUCACUUUAACUAUUUUUUUCCUUCCUUCUUCUGUUCCCCUUUUCUGAAGUCUCUAUUUUGUAUUCAAAGUAGUCAUUCCUAGUCCUUAAUUUUGUGUCGUCGUUUUCUUUCUUUAACAUCGUUUUCAGCCAGGAAGUGAAUGAAAUUCCGCUGUGAAGUAAAAAUGAAAAAUCAUGUACGAAAAUCACAAUGGAAAAAGAGCCGAUCGUGUUUCUAAUAAUGGGAGAAAGAGAAGCGAAUGCCUUUUUUUUCUGUAGAGUUGAGACUACGUUUGAUUAUGGCUAGAAGUUUUUUUUGUUUUUUGUUUUUUUAUAAAUGGAAAUGAUCUUUUGAAAUUGGCAUUGCAUACUUAAGUGAAUAAUUUGUGGGACUUUAUUAAAAGAAAUACCCUCACCGUUAGUCGAUCUCCAGCAUAUUUUUGUCCUCUUCAAGAGACACUGAUGUGUCCGUAGCAUUUUAUAAGCUAAGUGAAACUUAACUUCAUUCAGCUGUCCAUAGCAAAAGGUGUUACGUUUGCUAAGUAACCUACUAUGUUGCUGUAUGUCGAUCAAACUUUCAGCUUGGAUGUGCUACUCUCCCUCCCCCUCAGAAAAUCCUGAUAGCCAGUAAUUAAAUCAGUGCCUGUUGAAAGUGUCUUUUUUUUUUUUUUUUUUAAUUUGCAAACCGAAAGGCGGAAGUUUCAAAACUGUUUAUCUUGUUAGAAAGACAACUCUGCGUUGUAGUUUGGUUUUCCUAGGAAGAAAACUCUCAAAUUUCCAAAGUUAAGGGGAUCUUAUCACGUAGACUUAAAGCCUUUUUGCUUUACGGUGUUGAAAAUAUUUUGAUUGACACCAUUUCAUGAGUGUUUUUUUUUUUUUAAAGCAGCGGUUUCUCUCUUUUCCAUUUUGUAAAAAGAUCGUGGCAUCAGCUCUGGAAAGAACGCCUCUAAAUUCCAUUACUAAAUGAAUUGUUUCUUCCUCCUCCCCCACCAAAAAAACCUCCCACAUUUACUAAAGAGAUGAAUGUGAAGUACAUCCUUGAGCAGAAAUCUGAAGCGAAAAUGGUAACAGUAGGUUAAGUCAUUCCAAGUAUGUCUCUCUUGGCGCAACGAUGCUAGAUUUUGUGUUCCGCUUGAGUUUGGAUGUACCAAUGUUAUAAAUUUUCCCUGUCCUGAACAGGGAAUGCAAGAAUCCCUAUUUUUUAUUUCUUUUUAGGUCCCCCUAAAAGAAAACUUGCAUGCAAUAUUAACAGGAUGAAAAAAUUAGCAGUCACCAAUGGUGGGAUUCAACCGGAGUAACAACCGGUUCAGUGAGUGAACACUUCCAAACUAGUAGAAUCCCACCAAAUUGUCACAUUUUCUGGAUCGUUGUGGAAAAGAUAUUCUGCAUCUGAGAGAAUUCAGAUAGCCAUGCCUGCCUGAAGUUUGUAUAAAAUCCAAUAUUUUACCACCUUGGGUUUUUUUUUUUUUUUGCGCAGAUAUUUCUGAGUUAUGAAUUCGUUAUUUUGGGGGCAGGAGAGUGUGUAAGAAAGCUCGAUUCCUUUUCAAGGGUGGCUUUGCACCUAACAUGCAUUCCUGUAUAUGACGAGAUUAAUAAGGAAAAAAAAAUCUACUUGAUUUAAUUUAUUUCUUCCCGAAGCAUUAUCACUUAUUAGCAAAACGAAAGAUGCAAAAAAAAGGGGCAGUGGUUUUAUUUCAACGACUGUUUUUACAGAGCGGUAUUAUUAUUUUAUUUUUAUUUUUAAUUUUAUCAAUACAGUACUGUAAUGUAUAUAGUUGUACAGCUUUUUCCCCCCCUAACAUACCUUUUCUGGGAAUUUGUUGUUCUGCUUUUCAUUAACCAAUACUUGACUUUUAGUCCUUAGAGCUUUGUAUGGCAAAAUAAAUAAAUAAAUAAACCCUUUCAAUUCUGCGGAGGUGCAAAUGUUUCUUUUUUCUUUUUACAAUCAUGGCAUCCUUGUCAUUUGGAAUCAAAUCUCUUGUCCUUGCGGGAUAAACUGAAAGGCAUCAUUGCUUAAGUCCACGUUGGUCGAGAUACGUGGUUAGGAUUCUAAACCAGUCUGCUCACCGGUGGUUUUAUGUAUACAGCUAGUCCUCGACUUAACAACAGUUCAUUUAGUGACCGUUCAAAGUUAACAAA